GAAGCUGUAGCCCCAUUUGUGGUGAUAGACUCAUUCCAUUUUAGUCUGCUGUUUUGUAAACAUAUCGUACCCUUCUCUGUGUACGAGCAAAAAUUAAUUCCAAGUCCAAAAAACUCCUUUCUAAAAUAUUUCGAAUAUUCCUUAAGGAAUUCACAAACCGAGUCGAAUCAGUCCUAGCUAAAGAUGUGUUGCCAGAGUGCUUGCGGAUCGGUGUCCUUUGCCUUGGCCUACGGUCCCGUCGGUCCUGCCCUGCCAGCCAUGAACUACAACAGCUGCUGCUGUGGCCCAAAUCCGCCAUGUGGUCCCUGGACUUGCCCACCCAAUAGGUGCUGCUGCGCUGGCGAGUGGGGAUGCUUCGGGCCCUUCUACUGAGGAUCACCUGACCGGGACAACUGCCAUCUGGACAUCGGCUAGAGUUUCAUAUACUACGAAAAGGAUGGAAUUUAAUUUUUGUUUACAAAAAUAAAUUGGAAUGUGCAAAACAAA